CCGUCAGUCACUUGAGACACUCAGACACUCAGACAGUAUAACUCAAAUAACUGAGUAUACAGAUCUAUCUAACUGAGUAUACAGAUCUAUCUAUCAUCAUCUAGAGUACAGAUUUAGAUUUGUCUAGGUCUAGAAUCUAGAUCUAAUUUUAGAGUCUAAUAGACUCUAUUUAGUCUAUUUAGAGAUUCUUACUCUUAGUUUCUAGAAUCUAGAUUGAUAAAUUAAAAUUGAUACUCAUUCAGAGUCAUUGAUAGUGACAGUCAGUCAGACUCAGUCAGUCACAGUCAGUGUCACACUGUCACUCACACUGUACUGUACAGUGAGUGACCGAGGCCCAGAGUGUGUUUGCGUAGAUCUAUAAUAAAAUAAUUAGGCAUGAUCCGCUUUUAGGUCAUUUAUUUACGUCUCUAGGCAGCCAUAUCUACUCUAUCUCAUUAGUCAUACUCUACAAUCCCUACAUCUAUGCUGAUUUCAAUGUGCCAAGCUUUUGGAAACAACAGAAAAUCAUGUUUUUUCAUAAACGAGAUGUUGAAAAGGAAAGUAUGCAACUGGGAUUGAGAAUACAGAAGUUAUGCUCAGGACUAAGUAACUGUUUGGAUCAGGUUGCAGUCACCAAGCAGGUAAUGAAUCUAGUUUAUCCUGGCAUCACAGCCACGGAACUGGACAAUUUAUCAGCAGAGGUAGCUUUCAAACUGACAUCCAAGCAUCCAGAUUAUAGUAUACUAGCUACAAGAAUAGCUGUGUCCAAUUUACAUAGAGAGACAAAUGAACAUUUUAGUGAGGCCAUGACUUCCUUGCAUCAGUUGGUGAAUCCAGAGACUGGAAAACAGUGUUCUUUGAUAUCAGAUGAGUUGUAUGAAAUCAUCCUUAACAAUGCAGAUAAACUGAAUUCUAGCAUUGAUUAUGAGAGAGAUUACCAAUUUACUUAUCUGGGACUCAAGACUUUACAAAAAUCUUUCCUUUUAAAAGUGGGUGACAAAGUGGCUGAACGACCACAACACAUGUUCAUGAGAGUGGCUCUGAGCAUUCACAUGGAGGACAUCAACUCUGCCUUAGAGACCUAUCACUUGAUGUCUGAGAAAUGGUUCCUUCAUUCUCCUGUCACCAUGGUCAAUGGUGGGACUGUAAAUCAACAACUUUUAAGCUGCUACCUUGUAUCAAUACCAUCGGACAGUAUUGAAGGAAUAUUUGAUGCCUUGAAAAACUGUGCUGUCAUCUCCAAGUGUUUUGGGGAUGUGGGUCUUGGCGUCCACUGUGUGAGAGCCUCUGGAAGCUACUUAGAGGGGAUUCAAGGCAAAUCCAAUGGGAUCGUUCCAAUGUUGAGAGUUUUCAAUGCAACAUCUGAGUUUGUCGAGCAGGGAUCAAGUAAGAGGCUGGGAGCAUUGACUGCUUACUUAGAACCAUGGCAUCCUGACAUUUUUGAGUUUUUGGAAUUAAAGAAAAAUACUGGCAAAGAAGAAAUGAGAGCAAAGAAUCUGGCCUAUGCACUCUGGGUUCCUGACCUCUUCAUGCGUCGAGUCGAAGCCGAUGAUGAUUGGACUUUGAUGUGUCCUUAUGAGUGUCCAGGGCUUGAUGAGGUUUUUGGUCAAGAAUUUGAGACACUGUAUCAGAUGUACGAGAGAGAAAAUAAAGGUAAAAAGACAAUCAGAGCCCAGAAGUUGUGGUUCGCCAUCUUUGAAUCCCAGACAGAGACUGGCUCACCAUACAUGUUGUACAAAGACAGUUGUAACAGAAAGUCUAAUCAGCAGAACCUUGGGACAAUCAAGUGCAGUAACUUGUGUACUGAAAUUAUAGAGUUCAGUUCCCCUGAUCAGAUUGCUUCUUGUUGUACAGCCUCUCUUGCCUUAAAUAAGUUUGUCCAGUCAGAUGGGACUUUUCAUUUUGAACAGCUGCGCUAUGUAACAGCAGUGGCAGUAAAAAACUUAGACAAGCUGAUUGACAGAAAUGUUUACCCUGUCCUGGAGGCAGAAAUUUCCAACAAGAAACACCGUCCGAUUGGACUCGGUGUUCAAGGUCUUGCCGAUGCUUUCAUCUUGAUGCGUUACCCAUUUGACAGCCCCGAGGCCAAACAGCUGAACAAAGAAAUAUUUGAAACUAUUUACUUUGCAGCCUUGGAUGCUAGUUGUGAGCUUGCUGAGAAGUAUGGCCCCUAUGAAACCUACCCAGGAAGUCCAGUCUCUAAAGGAGUCCUGCAACACGACAUGUGGAAUGUCAAGCCAAUAACACAUUUAGAUUGGGCCAGUCUGAGGCAGAGAAUCAGCAAACAUGGAGUUAGAAAUAGUCUUCUUGUAGCCGUGGCACCAUCAGAAGUGACGUCUCUUAUUCUUGACAUCAACGAUUCGGUCAGCGCCUACUGCAGUCAUGUGUAUAAGCUGUCCUAUUCAAGGAAUGGAUUCUGUGUCAGGAGGAAUCUUGUGGAAGACCUGACAGACAGAGGCCUGUGGAAUGAGGAUAUAAAAAAUCAGAUCAUAGCUGCUGGAGGUUCAAUCCAGGGUAUUGCAACUAUUCCAGAAGAUCUGAAAGAUUUGUACAAAACUGUCUGGGAGAUGAAACAGAAGGUAAUAUUAGAGUUGGCUGCAGACCGUGGUGCAUUCAUUGAUCAAAGUCAGUCAGUAGCCAUUCACAUGAGAGAUGCCAACUAUGGUAAAUUGACCAGCAUGCACUAUUGUGGAUGGAGACUUGGUUUAAAGACUGGACUGUAUUCCUUAAAAACUGCCAUGAGUAAUAAAACUUCAGAUUUUUCGGAAACAAGAGACGAAAUGUUUAGUUUUACACAGACAGCAAUGAAAUGUUGAAUGUCGACAAGAAAUGUGGAUGUUGUUUAAAAAUGUGAUCUCUUUUUUUGAAAGCUUCUGCCGCAUCUGUGAGACUGCUGAUGUAAUGCUAAACUAUUCAAAAAUAUGCUAAUGUAUAUUAACCUCAUCAGACGGGGGUGAGAUGUUUUAUGACAAAUAGCUUUUGUAAGAUAUUGUACUUCUUUUCUCAAGACGUCUGGACCAGCAGUUCCAUUCGUUGUAUAGCUCAAGUUUUGAAAGUAUCAUCUGUAAGUAUUCAGACAUCUGUGUGUGAUCAAACAUUGAGAGCACUAUUCAUAUCGACUGUGAUAAUACAUUUGUAAUUAGAGCUCUGUUAUUUAUACUGUUCCUUCUACAAACAACUAGAAAUAUAUACAUUUACUGUGCUGAGUAGAUAAUAAACUCUAAAACAAUUUGAUUACACUAUAAUAGCUUAUUGUUCUAGGUAAAGUAUACUAACAUUACUAGUUCCUCAAAAUCUUGCUGGUCUCUUACUCAAGUUUUCUUACGGGGAAAGUGUAAUGGAGAGGGAGACAACCAAGACUCAAUUUUUCAAACUUAGUCACUAUUAAAAAUAAUAAAGCUACAUAAUAUUUCAUUAGCAUGGAUGCUGUAUGAUGUUCAACUAUUUUUUAAAAGCUUGCUGUGAUGUGAGAGCAUAUUUAAUAUUUACUUGCCAAAUUAUCAGUGUAAUUGUAUUUAACAAAUGAGUGACUAUUUUAAGUGAUCUGACUUAUCGGAUGUCACUAUUUAGCCCUUUUUGAAAUAACUCUAUUCAAUAUUAUUAAACACUGCUGGUUGCUUGGCGGUAGGGAGUACUCAUUGUUAUCAUGUCACCUCUAUUUGAGCUAGGGAGUACUCAUUUUUAUCUUGUCAGCUCUUUCUCCACUAAGAAACAGUUUUGCUACUGUAGUAUUAUUCUUGAUUCUAAUUUCCUUAAGCAUUUUAUACGUAGGAAAGAAACAAAAAUGAAACUAAAAUGUUGAAAGUGUGUGAGAAAGUCAGAGAGAAGAUCAGAUUAGUUGUUUUUUUUUUAUUAUUGAUUUAUGAAGGAAUAGGAAUGACUAAAUAUUUUUUUAAAUUAUGUUUUUACAUUGUGUUAUUGUUAUAUUUUUAUUUUUUUACUGGCACACAUAAAAAAAAUGAAAUAAAUGAUUGUUGAGCCUUAAAAUGACUUCAGACUAAU